UGAAGAAACUUCCCAAAUCAAAGAAAAAUGGGGGCAACCAGCAAAGAUGAAGUUGAAGUUGAGGGUGCAGUGGAAUCUCAAUAUGAUCAAGAGAAGGAAAUACGAGCAUUUGAUGAAACCAAGGCCGGGGUUAAAGGGCUUGUUGAUGCCGGCAUUAACAAGUUGCCUCGAAUGUUCAUUCAUCCGGAAAGUGGCUUGGAGAAGAGUAUCAGUGCCUGGAAAGGAACUUUUAGCAUUUCAGUGAUUGAUCUGGAAGGUAUGGAUAAGGAUCCAGUAAGGCGCAAAGAGAUAGUUGACAAGGUUAGAGAUGCAUCUGAAAGAGGGGGUUUUUUCCAGGUGGUAAAUCAUGGAAUUCAAGUCAGUGUUCUGGAGGAGAUGAUACAAGGUGCACGAAGAUUUUUCGAGCAAGAUACUGAGGUUAAGAAGAAGUGGUAUACAAGGGAUCGUACAAAAAGGGUGGUGUACAACUGCAACUUUGAUCUGUAUAGUCCAACAGCAGCUAACUGGAGGGAUACAGCUUAUUGCUUCACGGCUCCUAAUCCACCAGCUCCAGAGGAAUUGCCAGACGUUUGCAGCAAAAUAUUGUUAGAGUACUCGAAGCAAGUGAUGAAUUUAGGUUGCUUAUUGCUUGAAUUGCUGUCAGAGGGUCUUGGACUCGAUCCAAGCUACCUAGAAGGCAUUGAUUGUGGAAAGGGGCUUGCUGUCCUAUGCCAUUACUAUCCGGCAUGCCCCCAACCAGAACUUACCUUUGGCACCAGCCCGCAUUCAGACAAUGACUCCUUCACAAUCCUUCUCCAAGACAAUUUAGGUGGCCUCCAGGUACUUCAUCAGAAUCAGUGGGUUGAUGUUCCUCCAACACCUGGAGCUUUAGUAAUCAACAUUGGAGAUCUUCUACAGAUUAUAUCAAAUGACAAAUACAAAAGCAGUGAACAUAGAGUUCUGGCAAAACGUGUUGGUCCUAGGGUGUCAAUCGCGAGCUUCUUCACACCUGAUGUAAGGGCAACUGGAAAGCUUUAUGGACCUAUCAAGGAGUUGUUAUCAGAAGAAAAUCCGCCAAAGUACCGCGAAACCACAGCAAAGGAAUAUACAGAUUACUUCCGUGCCAAAGGGCUUGAUGGAACUUCUGCUCUGUUGCAUUUCAAGCUCUAAGCUUGCAAACAGAGUAGUAAAGACUAGCCUGUAAAUCUGUAAUAAAAACAACUAUUCAGGAGGCCAUAACUCAUAUUUGGAGUUUAUAUGCUCCUGUUGAAUGUAUUGCAUGCUUUCCAAAAUGUGAAGGAUUCUGUCAAACUA